CUCUCGUUCUCUCUUCGCAUUCCCAACCCACCUUUGAUUGUACGACUCAGCUUGAACCCACCACCCUAUCUUCACCCCUCCAAUCCCUCCACCCUAGUCACAUAGCCCAUCAAACCAAUAAGCACCCACGUCAACCCGCCGCCGUGUUGAUCCACCACUGGCGGCAGCGUUGAUGGGUCAGCCCGUGAUCCAGACCCUCACGUUCUGGCUCUCGGAGCACCCAUCAAUCGUCGGGUUCCGGUGGUCUCACGCCCACUCCUGGGGCUCCACGUGGUCCUUCCUCUUCACCGCCAUCACCCUCUACCUCGCCCUCUCCCUCCUCCUCCACCUCCUCCUCUCCCUCUUCCGCCGCCGCCGUUUCGUUCCUCUCGGCCCCAUCCCCGCCCUCCACUCCCUCCUCAUGACCCUCCUCUCCUUCACCAUCUUCGCCGGCAUCACCCUCUCCUCUGUCGCCGAAAUACGGGACACCCGCUGGUUCUGGCGGCGCUCCAAGACGCCCUUCCAGUGGCUCCUCUGCUUCCCUCUCGGCACCCGCCCCUCUGGCCGUGUCUUCUUCUGGUCUUACAUCUACUACCUCUCUCGCUACCUCCACAUGAUCCGUACCUUCUUCACCGUCCUCCGCCGCGGCCGCCUCGUCCCCUUCCAGCUCUUCAACCACUCCAUUCUCACAUUCAUGUCGUUCAUCUGGUUGGAGUUCUCGCAAUCAUUUCAAGUGUUGGCAAUCCUCUCGACGACGUUGGUCUACGCCGUGGUGUAUGCUUAUCGGUUCUGGAUCGCGAUCGGGCUGCCUAGGGCGUGUUUCGCGUUCGUGGUGAACUGCCAGAUGCUGCUGCUGGGGUGCAAUGUGGCGUGUCAUGUCGGGGUUUUGGUGAUGCAUUUCAUGACAGGAGGGUGUAAUGGGAUCGGGGCGUGGGGGUUCAAUUCGGUGCUGAAUGCGGUGAUUCUGCUGCUGUUCUUGAACUUCUACGUGAAGAUUCAUUGGGGUUAUGGGAAGAGGGCCGCAUUAGCUGCGGUGGAGGAAGCGGAGGCGAAGGAGAAUGAGGAGGAGGAGGAGGAGGGUAGAGUUAAGGACAAAGAGCUUUGAGGGAAGGAGUGUUUAUGAUGUAAAGUAGUAUUAUUUAGUGAGUAAAGGAAGUUUUGUUCUUUGGGGAGAGGGGUGUUAAGAGUUUUGGUGUUCGAGUGUGGUUUAGGAGAGUGGUGCGUUGAGUUGAGUUGAAUUACAUGUCUCGGAAGGUAGUUGAUGGUAAUCGAUUUUGGUUGUGAUUCAGCAGUAAAAAUCUUAGUUGGGAAAUCGAAUCAAAUUGUUUUUUUUUUUUAGUCUGGCUUGUGAGAGUAGUAGUGUGUGUUCUUAGCUAUAUAGCUUAUUUUGUUCUUGCUUAAUAGUUUUACUGCGUGCUAUCACAGGCAAUGUGA